AUCCGGAUGGGAACUUUUAUAUGGACUUUAUUUAUAAGCACAGAGUACGCUGUAAUGCUACUGUUCUAAAAACCAACGGCUACUCGAGUUAUACCCUUAGCGUGAACGUAACAGAUGGCAUAACAACACUAUAUGACACCUUUACCGUACUCAUUUUGGGUUUAUCAAGCAUAGGAACCACAUCAACUACGACACCUACUACGCAAACAUCAACGGCGGCCUCGACUACCACGGCUGUAAUCGAAACCACGUUAGCUAUGACAUCCACUACGCAGACUACUACGUCGCCUUCGACGACCACCGCAGUAGUCGCAGACGACCUCUCACUUCUACUCGGACUUGGUCUCGGUAUCGGUUUGACGCUCACAAUGUUUCUCAUGCUCUUUGUGAUUGUUGUGGCGGUCAUACUACGAAAGAAACAACUCCCAAAAGGCGAAAACAGACCUGCGCCUAGGCAAAACGCGUUGCCAGUCUCAAAACACAUAUUAAAAGGUUCCUCGAGAAAUGCUAAACGCAGAUCCCGUGAUCCUAGAGAAACGCGGGCAUACGCGUUUAACGAGGAAAGAUAGAUGGCAAUAUAGUGCCUAACGAUUCUUACUCGAACUAUGGAUAUGGACAAUGGCCUUUGUGUAAGGAAAGUCAUCUGAACGGAUGGAAACAGCUUUGAACCAGAAUUUGGAUUUCAUAAGUGCAAUCGAUCAUAUUUGAAAGUGAGUUAUACAUACAUGUUAUGGUUUUUGUUACCUACUAGAUGACACAUUUUAUGUCAAACUAUGCUAUGAGCAGUUGUGUUUAAUUUGAACAAAGUCUUGUUUAAUUAAAAUCAUAAAGAACGAAAUGGGUACAUUUGUGAGAUAUAAACUAAAUUGCCGGUUUUUCAUGUCCUUGUUCCUGUACAUAUUGGGAUUCAUAUGGCAUUUCAUGUAUAGAUGGUACUUUCUAUAUGCAAUAUGACUAUCAUAUAUGACACGUGAAUACUUGUAUUACACAAUGUUUAAUGUUUUAUAUUUUAUUAGCAUGUCUUUGUUCCUUACUGAUUGCAUAACAUAACAACGUUAAAUACCCGUUGCAAUAUGUUGACUUUUUGUUUAUAGAUAGAGGUUAUUUGUUGUAUUCGAUUGAAUAUCUUUUGUUUUUAUUUUAUGCUUUUUACAC